GAAUGUAAGUUUCAAGCCAUGCGGUUCAAUCUUACCUACUUCACCCUCCUUUGGGCAUUUUUCUGCACAACCGAAGUAUUUGGAAAGGUUAAACUGCUAGAGACCGAUAUACGACAUAUAACAAAGUUGGGAAACUACAAGGUACGCCAAGAAAGAUGCAUGUUCCUAACCCGCUAUGGACCCUGCAAAAAAAAAAUCGUAGUAUAUGGCUACAACAUUGUAACCAAUCGAUGCUCAGAAUUUCUCUAUAGUGGCUGCGGGGGGAAUCCCAAUCGUUUUACUACCGUUAGCCACUGCCGAAACACUUGCUAUGUGGUUCCAGUGAGGAAACCCGUCUCCGAACCGGACUAUUAUGCCGAUGACGAUGUCACAGAACCGAUGCCAGAGGAUGAGCCGUACGAUUACUAAUUUGUAAACCUGUGCAUGAGUUCAUAUAAAAAAAAUAUAAGCAUGUUGA